CGCUGUGUGCCUGGAUGACGGGGCUCUGUCGCUGUGCAGGUCGAGGCAUGGUCGAGAGAGGAGAGCUUCCUUCUGCUCAUAGGACUGCGUGACCAGAGAGACUGAGGCACACGGCAAGAGAGGACCUUCCUCACAAGCACUGGAGAGCUGGAACACGAGCGCAGAGCACCAAGUGAAGCUUCCAGAAACCCUCAAGAGAAACCAGUGAAUAAACCCAGUAAAAAUAACGAACCAGGAAACCAGCCCGGUCCGGAAAAAAACACAAAGCGGGGACGCCAUGACCAUCGGCUCUAAGAAGAAAUCCACCCGGAGCUCCAUGCGGAUCGUCAAGUUCCUCGACGCUCCGGGCGGCUUCUACGGACGCAUGUUCGAGCCCGACGAGCCCGAGGGCCCCGGGGACGCGCCGGCGUGGGUGGGGGAGGAGCGGGAGCAGGGGCAGGGGGAUGGCGGCCCACAGACCUGCGGGCCGGCGGCGGCGGCGGCGGCGGCGGCGGCGGGCGCAGCGUGUCCAGGCCCUGUGGACCCGGAAGGCGAGGGGUUUGACGCCAACGACGGCGUAACCGAGGGCGACGACGGAGAGACGCUCCUGCGCGUCAAGGUCAGCCGCGGCGGCCCCGGGAGCCGGUGGAGCAGGAGGGGCAGCAGGAGGAAACCGAGAGAGGCCCCCCCCCCCCCGGAGCCCGAGCUGACGGAGGGACCCCCUCCCUCGCUGGGGGUCGGGGUGACGGAAGGGCACGAGCCAAUGGGAGCGCUGAUUCAUUUCACCGUCACGGGAGACGCAGACGACCAGGUGCUGAUCAGAGACAAGAAGAGAGGGAGGGAGGAGGAGGAGGAGGAGGAAGGAGAGGAGGAGAGGAGGCUGCGGAGGGAGCAGGAGGAAGGGAUGAAAACGUUGAAGAGGAACACCGUGAAGAACUACCGCAAGGCGCUGGACCGGGCGUUCCGCCGCGGCUGGGAGGCGUUCAUCACCAACCUGUACAGCGUCACGCUCAACCCCGUCACUUCGCCCCCCCCCACCACCACCACCACCUCCUCCUCCACCACCCCGUCGAAGAAACACCAGAGAAGCAUUAUUUUGGCCGAGUUCAAAUAGUUGUGCUCAGACAUUGACCACAACAACAACAACAACAACAGCGAAACACUGCCUGUUUACUUUUUCCAAUAGAUCAGACUGUUCAUCAGAGGGGGAUGAAUGAAUGAAUGAAUCCAUCAGCGGCUACCGAAGCCGACUUCUCCACUGGUUCCGACCUCUCCACACAUUCCUUAAACUAAGCACUAUCACACGGAACGCGUUACCGGGCCGAGGGAAAGAUCCGUGAUGGCUGUCAUAAGGGAGAAAUAUCGCUGUGUUCCCACGCUUGCUGACCCUUAUAUGGGCGUUGGGGACCGUGCUUCCUGCCUCCCAAACCGCUGUGCUAGUUCUGCUUUUCUCAUACCUCGUUGUAGUUCUACCACGGACGGCAGGGUGUUGGGUGGGAAGGUAAUAAAUGGAAACCAAUCUUCCGUUAAUUCUGGACAGGAUUUGUUGGAGGAGGGUGUUUGUUUAAUUUAUAUCAUAGUCCAGCACUUGCAGACCUCCCGUGAAACCCUCCUGAGCACACAUUAUUGAUUCAUGUAUCAGUGGUCUGUUGAUUACUUUAAAAAAGGCCAACAAACUCAAAACUAAAGGUUAUUGGCUGAGCACGAUGACACCACCCGGUGGUUGAUGUGUAAUCGAUGACUGGGAUGGAAAAUGUGUUCCGUGGACUCCACGCUCGAACCCGGAAUAAAGGACAUGGGAUAAGGCCAUGUCCUUUAUUCCAAAUGAUCAUUUAUCGCUCGAUUUGAUCGCUAUCACUGAGGUAAUGAGUAAUGGAUUAGGGCUAUCUACGAAGGCCCCUCCAGUGCCUUUUUAAAUAGCUCAAUUUCCGCACAGCUUAACCUCGGUGUGUGAUAAAGGUGUAGAAUUGUAUAAAUUAUUGCUCAUUCCUGACUUGUCUUUUGAUUGUUACCCUUGAAUAUGUUCAUCAAAGCCACGGAAAUAUUUGAAGAACCUAGCAAACCUCAUAUAGGGGACAUGAAGGCACAGAACGAUGGUCAAGCUGCGUAUAUCUAUGUGAUUUUUUUUGCACCUAUCAAUUUGUCAUCAUUCGUAUAUUUUGUUCAAUCUUCAAUCUGUCACACUUGUGUACAUUCAUAUGUGUGUGUUUUUGUGUUACAUGAAAGAUUUAACUUUUUGGAUUCUAAUCAAAGCCUCACUGGAUGAAGAAUAAUUUUAUACUGAACCAUUUCCGUGAUAAAGUAAAGACUUAUUUAUGCAAA